AUGACGUUGCGUCGGACUAUACGGGGAACUAAAUUCACCACUGAUGUCAGCGUCUACGCUUCCCAAAUGAUCAUUUCCGAAGAGGUGGGGAAAAGGUUCAACGAAGAUUUGCAUGCCUCCUAUGGACUAUGCCGGAGGCGGGCAAAGGGACCGCCUUUUGUGACUUCAGUGCACGCAUCAGUGUACGCCGUGCUGCCUGAGAGUCAGUGCUGUGUCCUCAGGGAGUCGGCGUCUGUAGCAACACUGACCUCCUCCUCCUCCUCCUCCUCCUCCUCCUCCUCCUCCUCCUCCUCCUACUAA